GGCUUGCGAACCCAGGCGAAGCAAAGCGAGACGGUUAGUGAAGACCGACUGCCUGCCACAGCGGAGCAGCUCUGUUACCGGGAGUGCGAGACAAGAGAGACAGACGUUUCUAGUGUUAGAUCCGGAUACCCACACACUAACACCACGGACGCAAGUCAAUUUGCGCUCGGGAAGAGAACACCUUGCCGUUUUCACGAUUGUCGACAAGAGGAAGUGAAGGACAAUUCUUUUGGUGGGAGACAGAAGAUUUUAAAUCGUAGGCUUCACCAGCUGUGGACACGCGGGAGUUUGGCUACUGCUUCAGUUCAUUCCGAGUAACUUGUGGAUUUAGGGCAAAAACCAUUCAGCGGAAAUCACGCUACCUCGUCCGUUCCUUUCCAUUUUGUUUGUUUAUUUCUUCGUUUAUUUAUUCCCCCCUUACACCUGGUCCUACAACAUCUGACAAACGAUCGAACAGAAUUGUUGUGCAGUGCGUAAAGGAAUUGGCAGCACUAACAGGAGACUGGCUCAUUGCAUUUGCCGUUGAGAGACAACAGAGAGAAUCGGACUCGGACUGGUUCUGUCCUCUAUUUUUUUUUGUAUCUUAUUUAUUCAUUUCUACGCAGGUUGUAUUUAUUUAUCAGCUUCGGUGUACUUUUGGACUCGAUCGCGAUCUGGUUGGAAUAUGGUGGGGGAAAUGGAGACGAGAGAGAAGCCGAAGCCGAGCCCAGACUAUCUGAUGCAGCUGAUGAACGAUAAAAAACUGAUGAGCAGUUUGCCCAACUUCUGUGGGAUUUUCAACCACCUAGAACGCCUGCUUGAUGAAGAAAUCAGUCGGGUGCGGAAGGACAUGUAUAACGACACGCUGAACGGCAGCAUGGAGAAGCGGAACCCUGAGCUUCCAGACGCCGUCGGACCGGUGGUGCAGCUUCAGGAGAAACUCUACGUGCCUGUUAAAGAGUACCCCGACUUUAACUUCGUGGGGCGGAUCCUGGGUCCACGGGGCCUCACGGCCAAACAGCUGGAGGCUGAGACCGGCUGCAAGAUAAUGGUGCGGGGGAAAGGCUCCAUGAGAGACAAGAAGAAGGAGGAGCAGAACCGGGGAAAGCCCAACUGGGAGCAUCUGAACGAGGACCUGCACGUUCUCAUCACGGUGGAGGACGCCCAGAACAGGGCCGAGAUCAAGCUCAAGAGGGCCGUGGAGGAGGUCAACAAGCUACUGGUGCCUGCAGCGGAGGGAGAGGACAGCCUGAAGAAGAUGCAACUUAUGGAGUUGGCCAUCCUGAACGGCACCUACAGAGAUGCCAAUAUCAAAUCACAUUUCAGUGGUGGCCACUACCCAAGUCAACAGUCAACAGUCAUGCACGCUGCCCUUGCCUUCUCUCUUGCAGCCAGUACCCAGGCUCCUCGCCUCAUCACGGGUCCUGGCCCCGUCCUGCCCCAUAACGCCAUGCGCGCCCCCACCCCCGCAGGCCCCACCCUCAUGCCUCUCAUCCGCCAGAUCCAGACGGUCAUGCCCAACGGCUCUCCGCACCCCGGCGCCACGCUGGUUCAGCAGGGACCCGAGUCGGGCGGGUUGAUCUACGCCACGCCGUACGACUACCCGUACGCUCUGGCGCCCGCGGGCUCGCUGCUCGAGUACCCCCUGGACUCCAGCGGGGUGCUAGCGUCCUCAAAGGCGGAGGAGCUGCCCGUGUACCUGGGCUUCCACACCUGUCACCUGCCUCUGGCCGUGAGCCGCUCAGAGACACACCCCGGCCGCCCGCCCUUCUAAACACACACACACUAAAACACACAGAUGUGUGCACACGCUCAAAUACACACACAGAUGCACACACACAGAAACGCAUACAUACACAGUUACAAGCAUUCCUCUUCCUCUCCCUCAUCUUACAGUGGCAAACUGCCUCCCUCAAUCCCUCUCCUCCACACACACACACACACACACACACACACUUCUGACCCCACCCUUGUUGUUGUGCCAGGCUUCUUGAUACAUCGAUUUCUUUGGAUGAACAUUUCAUUUUUUUCAUUUGAUGAUUAUGUUGUUAUUGUUUUGUGGUUGUUAUUAUUAUUUGUUUGUUUAUGGCUUGAUAUUUUUUUCUGUGGUUUAAGUCAAAGUGAUUUUUUGUAAUUGUUUUGAUUUUUUUGUGUACAAUGAGGGAGUUGAUGUAAUACAAGAUACAUAUACAAACACACAAACACAAACAAACACAUAAACAAACACAUAAACAAACACACAAACACAUAAACAAACAAAGCACUGAGCCCCAAACAGCCACUUUGUGGGGGAGGGGCAUUUUUCCCAAGACCUAGGGGCAGUAAGGGG